CGGCUGUGGCCUCCCCUCUCUCCGCAGGUGUGGUUCCAGAACCGGCGGAUGAAGGACAAGCGGCAGCGCCUGGCCAUGACCUGGCCGCACCCGGCGGACCCGGCGUUCUACACCUACAUGAUGAGCCACGCGGCCGCCACCGGCAACCUGCCCUACCCCUUCCCAUCCCACCUGCCCCUGCCCUACUACUCUCACAUGGGCAUCGGGGCCACCUCGGCCUCGGCCGCCGCUCCCUUCAGCACCCCGCUGCGGCCGCUGGACACCUUCCGCGUCCUGUCCCACCCGUACCCGCGGCCGGAGCUGCUCUGCGCCUUCAGGCACCCCUCUCUGUACCCCGCCCCGAGCCAUGGACUCGGCAGCGCCGGUGGCAGCCCCUGCUCGUGCCUGGCGUGCCACGGCAGCCCGUCCAACGGGUUGGCACAGAGACCCGCCGGGUCAGACUUUACCUGCUCGGCCACCACCAGGACGGACUCCUUCCUCACUUUCACCCCCUCGGUGCUGAGCAAAGCCACCUCGGUUUCCAUGGACCAGAGGGAAGAAGUACCUUUAACGAGAUAAAGCUUCGUCUCAGGGUUGUUCAAUAAUUCGCCCCUUUCCCGGGUGCUCUUCGAGUUAAUGUACGUACGGUCGAUGUUUAUUUAAUCGUGUUCUCUCCCCAGAA